AUGGCGCAUCUACCACGACAAAGAUAUGAAUCUCGUUUCGUAGAUCUCGUCCCUACAUUGGAGGGCUCCAAAGAUGCGGCACAAAAGGCUCGCCUCCCUCCGACCACCAAACAAUCUCCAAGAAUAGCGGGGGGCAGGACGCAACCACUCUCCCCAGAAUUCACCCUUGCAACAGCUAUAACUCGCCAACAUCCAUCUUACGAAUGGGAGGAGCAACAACGAUAUUGGCCUUCACCACGGGCGCCACCAGCGAGCCCGACAGAGUCGCCUAGGACCCCAGGCGGGAGCCAGAAGAAGGCGGUGCUGGGCAAGGUGAAGAGCAAGGCCAAGAAAUGGAUGCACAUGCUGCAUCACAAGAAGAAACCCGCACAAGAGGAGAUGAUGUGGACGCCCAGGGCUGGACCUGGACCCAGUGCAGAAGACAACAGGGCCAAGGAGGAGCGACGGCAUGCCGAGUACCGUGGAACCCCCAGGAAACCGCAGCAACACACGCCUUCCUCGGGCGAUCCAGAGAGGGCCUCUGAGGUGUUCCUGGAAGCAUCACCAAGGCAGAAUUCACCGGCCCCGAGCCCCACUGCACACCAGGAGCAACCAUACUUCAAGGUCCGCAGCAGGUUUGAGUCAGAAAUGAAGGAAGCCAAUGAGAUGCUGAUGGAAUCGAAGAAGCUCCGUGUCAACACAACCAAGCCGAAGACUGUAACAUUCGCGCCAACCAUAGAACGCGAGUUGGGGAACGAGAAGAGUGGCUGGAAAGACAGGGAGCUGCCUGAAGCAGCAUCCGAAGUGUUCCGAAACGCAUUUGCUACAGUCUAUCAGAUGGUGCUCAAGAUGAUUGCUAAAAUCCAAGAGGCAAUGGUAGCAUAUAACAUUGAUAGGCGGCACAUGAUAGAGAAGUUAAUAUCAGUCAACAGAUACCUGAUGCUGAAGCUGGAACCUGGGGAAGAUGAUACAUUGCUCUCAGAAGUAAUUACUGAUGCUAUCCUCAAUCUGUUUGACACAUGGAGUGAGAGUGUUGAGAGGCCUUUGGUACGAAGGGCAAAGGAAAUCUCUUCUUGGUUUCUGCAGGAAAGAAGAGAAGAAACACCUCCUGUUCCACUGUCUACACAUCCUUGUGCGAUCGAAGAUGCAGAAGUAUUUUAUUCCUUAGAGAAUGGACAACAGCUUGAAGCAUGA